AUGGUAUCAGCAUUGAACCCCAGAACUACGGAGUUUGAAUUUGGUGGAUUGAUUGGUGCCCUAGGCAUCAGUAUAGGGCUACCUGUUUUCACUAUCAUCUUGAAUCAAAUGGUUAGGCCCGAUUAUUUUAUUAAGGGAUUUUUCCACAAUUUUGACAUAGUUGAGCUUUGGAACGGUAUCAAGCCAUUGCGUUACUAUUUGGGCAAUUGCGAGUUAUGGACCGUUUAUUGUCUGUGGUAUGGUAUUUUAGCGGUUUUGGACGUCAUUUUGCCCGGCAGAGUCAUGAACGGUGUCCAGUUAAGAGACGGAUCGAAGCUUUCGUACAAAAUCAAUGGGAUUGCCAUGUCUACAACUCUGAUCUUGGUUUUGGCUGUAAGAUGGAAGCUAACUGAUGGUCAAUUGCCUGAAUUACAGUACCUGUAUGACAACCACGUUAAUCUGUGCAUAGUAUCCAUUUUGUUUUCGUUCUGUUUGGCUACGUAUUGCUAUAUUGCCAGUUUCAUACCGUUAAUCUUUAGGAAGAACAAUGAUGGUCGUAGAGAAAAGAUCUUGGCACAAGGUGGGAAUUCGGGAAAUAUGGUUUACGAUUGGUUUAUUGGUAGAGAGUUGAACCCCCGGUUGGGACCUCUAGAUAUCAAGAUGUUUUCCGAAUUAAGACCCGGUAUGCUGUUAUGGUUGCUUAUCAAUCUGUCAUGCUUACAUCAUCACUACCUGAUGACCGGUAAAAUUAACGAUGCAUUGGUUCUCGUUAAUUUCUUACAGGGAUUUUACAUAUUCGAUGGGGUGUUAAAUGAAGAAGGUGUGCUAACAAUGAUGGAUAUCACUACAGAUGGAUUUGGCUUCAUGCUAGCAUUUGGCGAUUUGAGUUUGGUUCCAUUUACCUACUCCUUGCAGGCCCGUUAUUUGAGCGUUUCACCCGUGGAACUGGGAUGGACCAAAGUCGUGGGGAUAUUAGCAAUGAUGUUUUUGGGAUACUACAUCUUCCAUUCCGCAAACAAGCAAAAAUCCGAGUUUAGACAGGGGAAAUUGCAGAAUCUAAAAAGCAUUCAGACUAAACGUGGCACGAAAUUAUUAUGUGAUGGAUGGUGGGCUAAAUCACAACAUAUCAACUAUUUCGGUGACUGGCUGAUUUCGUUAAGUUGGUGUUUGUCCACAUGGUUCCAAACUCCCCUGACGUAUUACUACUCGUUAUACUUCGCCACACUGUUAUUGCACCGUCAACAACGUGACGAGCACAAGUGUCGCACGAAAUAUGGGGAGAAUUGGGAAGAGUACGAAAGAAGAGUUCCUUACAAGAUAGUUCCGUAUGUUUAUUAA